AUGGUGGAGCUAUUUGUUGACUCUGUAAGAAAUCAAGCUUUCUUGGAUUGGGAGGUCAAAGCACAGAUUGAGAAAGUGAAAGCUGAGAUUGGUGAAUAUGGCAACAAUCCUGAGGCGUUGUUGGAAGCUAUUCAUUCAGCUAGAUAUGCUGGUGGACUUGGGAAUCCUCUUCUUGCUUCAGAAGGCUUAAUCAAUAGAAUAAACAGUACAAUUUUGGAGGAUUUUGUAGCUGCAAACUAUACUGCUCCUCGAAUGGUACUUGCUGCAUCAGGAGUUGAACAUGAGGAACUGUUGAAAUAUGCAGAGCCUCUUCUCUCUGAUUUGCCAGGUGGCGCUCAGGUUCAGGAGCCGAAAUCAGUAUAUGUUGGUGGUGAUCACCGUGUUAUGGCUGAUACAGGGAGAACUAGUUUUGCUCUUGCAUUUGAACUUCCUGGUGGCUGGCUUCAGGAGAAGGAAGCCAUGACCUUGUCAGUUCUUCAGAUGCUAAUGGGAGGAGGUGGAUCUUUUUCAGCUGGUGGUAAUGGAAAAGGGAUGUACUCUCGUCUCUAUCUUAGAGUUUUGAAUGAGUAUCCUGAGAUUCAAUCGUUUUCAACAUUCAACUCUAUCUAUAAUCACACUGCCUUAUUUGGAAUUCAAGCUAUCACUAGUUCUGAUUUUGUAUCCAAAGCUGUUAAUAUAGCCGUGAAAGAACUCAUUGCAGUUGCCACCAACGGAGAAGGCAAGCUAUAA